AUGACGUUUCCUCAUUUUGGCGUUUUCGUUUCAAUUGUUCGUGCGAGAAUGGAGUUCCUGGACGAGGACGCGAGGCCAAGGUUCGUGUUCCAGUCCGGUGCCGUUGCGAGCACCGAACCACCGGAGCCGAACCACAAACCUACCAAGCCGGUUCUCUUCGUCACCGUUUCUCUCUCUUCGCUCUUCCUCGCUCUCUCUCUCUUCUUCCUCGAAUCCGAACCCUUCAAAUCGCUCCUCUUCUGGCUCGCGCUCUCUCUCCUCCUCGGCCCCUUCGCUCCGCCCUCCAUCACCGGCGGCGACGUCCGCGUCGGCCUCGGAGAGGUUGUCAACUUCCCUGAUCCGGAGUCUGAAGCAGACGAUGAUAUUAGGAAGCCUCCGCAGCGGAGAUCCAGACAGCGGAGGCCCGAGGAAGACCCCGCCGUCGGUCCGGUGGUUUCCGUCUCCGCGGCGGAGAAGAGAGGAGGAGGUGGCGGAGUGGAGAAGGUUUCGACGGUGAUGGAGGAGAAGGAUUGGAGCGAGGAGGAUGUGGAGGUGCUGAAGAAGCAGAUGGUGAAGAAUCCGGUGGGGAAGCCGGGGCGGUGGGAGGCGAUAUCGGCGGCGUUCGGCGGAAGGCACGGCGUAGAGAGUGUAAUAAUGAAGUCGAAGGAGUUGGGGGAAAAGAAAGUGGAUGAUUCGGAGUCUUAUGCAUUGUUCUUGAAGAACAGGAAGGCGUUGGAUAAGAGGGUUGUGGAGGAGACUGGAGAUGAGAAUUCGGUGACGGUGGAGAAAGCUGUUGAGAAUGGUUGGCGUUCUGGUGAGGAUAUCGCGUUGCUGAAUGCAUUGAAAGUGUUUCCUAAGGAUGUUUCAAUGAGGUGGGAGAAGGUUGCUGCAGCGGUUCCCGGGAGAUCCAAAGCGGCUUGUAUGAGAAGAUUUGCGGAAUUGAAGAAAGGGUUUCGGAGUGCAAAGGCUGCAACCGAGUGA